GGGGACCGAGCGGAGCCAUGCCGCGCUGACGGGGGGGCCCCCGCACCAACGCCGCCGCCGCCGCCGCCGGGUGGGGUGGGAGGGGCGGGAGCCGCCGCCGCCGCCGCCGCCUCCCGGGUGGGCGCCCUGCGCCGCGGACGCCGGCGGCCCGGGACGAGGUCUUCGGCGCGUCUGAGGCCUUGAGCCAAUGAAGUUGGAGCCCCUCAGAGGAGACACGGCCGGCCCGGCGUGGGAGCUGUAGGCUCGCGGGGUGCCCUCUCGGCUUCACAGUGGCGGAAUGCGCGCAGCCCCCCAGUCCCCCUGAGCCCGCGGACGACGCCCUUGCCCGGGAGUCCGGGAGUCGCCGAGCGCGGGGGAGGAUGGCCCUGGUGGACAAACACAAGGUCAAGCGGCAGCGGCUGGACAGGAUCUGUGAAGGUAUCCGCCCCCAGAUCAUGAACGGGCCCCUGCACCCCCGGCCCCUGGUGGCGCUGCUGGACGGCCGGGACUGCACCGUGGAGAUGCCCAUCCUCAAGGACCUGGCCACCGUGGCCUUCUGCGACGCACAGUCCACACAGGAGAUCCACGAGAAGGUGCUCAACGAGGCGGUGGGCGCCAUGAUGUACCACACCAUCGCGCUGACCCGGGAGGACCUGGAGAAGUUCAAGGCCCUGCGCGUGAUCGUGCGCAUCGGCAGCGGCUACGACAACGUGGACAUCAAGGCGGCGGGCGAGCUGGGCAUCGCCGUGUGCAACAUCCCGUCGGCAGCCGUGGAGGAGACGGCCGACUCCACCAUCUGCCACGUCCUCAACCUGUACCGGCGCAACACGUGGCUGUACCAGGCGCUGCGGGAGGGCACGCGCGUGCAGAGCGUGGAGCAGAUCCGGGACGUGGCGUCUGGCGCCGCGCGCAUCCGCGGGGAGACGCUGGGCCUCAUCGGCUUCGGUCGCACGGGGCAGGCGGUCGCUGUUCGAGCCAAGGCCUUUGGAUUCAGCGUCAUAUUUUAUGACCCCUACUUGCAGGACGGGAUCGAGCGGUCCCUGGGCGUGCAGCGCGUCUACACCCUGCAGGACUUACUGUAUCAGAGCGACUGCGUGUCCCUGCACUGCAACCUCAACGAGCAUAACCACCACCUCAUCAACGACUUCACCAUCAAGCAGAUGAGACAAGGGGCGUUCCUGGUGAACGCGGCGCGCGGCGGCCUGGUGGACGAGAAGGCCUUGGCGCAGGCACUCAAGGAGGGCAGGAUACGAGGGGCCGCCCUCGACGUGCACGAGUCGGAGCCUUUCAGCUUUGCUCAGGGUCCCCUGAAAGACGCCCCCAAUCUCAUCUGCACGCCCCACACGGCCUGGUACAGCGAGCAGGCGUCCCUGGAGAUGCGGGAGGCGGCCGCCACCGAGAUCCGCCGGGCCAUCACAGGCCGCAUCCCGGAGAGCUUAAGGAACUGUGUGAACAAGGAGUUCUUCGUCACGACAGCGCCCUGGUCGGUCCUAGACCAGCAGGCCAUCCACCCCGAGCUCAAUGGUGCCACCUACAGAUACCCCCCAGGCAUCGUGGGCGUGGCCCCCGGGGGCCUCCCCGCCGCCAUGGAAGCCAUCAUCCCCGGCGGCAUCCCGGUGACACACAGCCUGCCCACCGUGGCACACCCAUCCCAAGCGCCCUCUCCCAAUCAGCCCACGAAACACGGGGACAAUCGAGAGCACCCCAACGAGCAAUAGCAGAGUGACACGCGGGAAUCACUCGUGAACCCGGGACCAAGAGGCGCGGAGGUGAACUGAGCAAAGGAACGUGCCGGGCUCUGGCCCGCGCCUGCAGCGUGGGAACGAGCCGAGCCUCGGCGAGGCCGGGAGCGGCCCCCUUCUGUUGUCGUGUGUUAAGUUUCUCAUCUGUGCAUCCCAUCACCAAGAGUAAAUCCAUCCUCCCCUUCCCCAGCCGUCCCGUGCACCACAGGCCGCCUCAGGCGUCCCCGGCCGAGGAGGAAAAACGCUGUUGAGUGGAAAACCCCAUCCAGACUCUAGUCCCUUGGUCCCCGGGGCCUGGUCACCCCUUCUGUGAAAAGGAAGGAGAAAUCACUACAAAGCGGGGAGCAAACUGUCGGCGUGCCGAGCGGCCUGGCUCCCGAGCACGCGUCUCUCCGGAACCGCGGGAGGGGCGGGCAGGUUGGCUGUGAGCAGUUACACCCUCUGAUGAUGCAAAAAAAAACAAAAAAAAAAAAAAAGAAAAAAAGAAAAAAGAAAAAAAAAAGUAUUAAGUUUCACAAGCUGUUUGUACUCAAAUAUAUUUUCUCAGUUUCAGAUCCUCAGCUAUUUUAUUGAGUGGAAAGUCUUGAACUGAAGUAGUUCAAGAAGAAUAAUGUUGCAUUUCCUUAUGUCUCAGGAAACACUUUUUAUGGUAACUUGUCAGAUUGUCUAUGAACAAACCCACUUUUUUAGACAUUGAUAAAGUCUUCUUUUCUUCACAUGAUAUUUUAUACAAGGACACUUCAGGUGUGUUAUUAGAUGUGACUGAUUUUAACAAAUCCUCUUAGAUUUGUAUCAACUAGUUACAUGUUAUAUUCAUAGUCUUUUGUGAAUCAUCGCCUUUUUGUUUAAAAGAUGGCCUAUUUUGAGCCUUUGUAUAGGUACAUUCCUGUUUUUGUGACAAAAAAAAAAGCCCUUUCAAACUGUCCCAAACAGAAAUAUAAUGGCUAUCAGAACUGUUUUGUUUUAGUGUGAGUUACCGUUACUGUAUUUGUUUAUUGUAAAGGUGGACAUUUAGCGUUCAGUGCAGUUUUCAAUAAAAAGUAAUGAUAAAAUUUG